AUGGUUGAUGUUAACAACUUGCACCUCGUAAAGGACGAAACAAUGAUCUUGAAGGAUAUUAUCGAACAGUACAGGGAAGCCUUUUCGACUUACUAUGAAGAGUUAACCCAGGAAAAGGAUAAAGACCAUGAACAUGCCCAUUAUAAGGAUAAGGUCGAAGAUAUGAUGGCAUAUUUACACCCAUUACACGCUUGGAUAUCACAGGCUGAGGCCCGCUUGAGUGAUCAGUUAGAUGGAAGAAGUAGCAAAGGAUCUGAACGAUCGUCUAAGGCAAGUUCAAGGUUGUCUGCAAGAGACCGAGAGAGAGUCCGUCUAGCAGAGUUAAAGGCUGAAAGAUUGAUGCUUAAGCGGAAACAGGCUCUUCGUGCUGCGGGAGAAGAAUUGGAACUUGAAAUGGAAAUAGCAAAGACCGAAGCAAGGGAGAAGACAUUGAGUGAAAUUGAUAAGGAACACGAGGCUCCCCCCUCCACUUGGCUCAAGUCCACCUUCAGUGGCUGCCUCCUUUACACCUAUUGUGUUAAAGUCUGCAGCAAAAUCGUCACCUGA